AAAAAUUCUCUUAGCACCAAUUAAUUCAGCAUCAACUCAAGCAACCCACCACCACCACUAUAAACCCAACAGUAAAAAUGUAUACCCUCGACGCCCUCGACCAAUUCCAGGUCACCAAACCAGAAAACACAUACAUCUACGACAUCGUACCCACCGCGGCAGGACUCGCGACAAUCUCUUCCGACGAUGUCCUGCGAGUUCUUGAUCCAGGAAAUCUAAGUGAGAAACCAUUGAAGGAGAUCAAAGACGUGAAUAAGGAUGUUACGUGUCUAAAGGCGGUUGAUCCUAAUGGAGAGGCGGGUGCGGUGAUUGUGGCUACUGCGGGGAGGGAGGGUAAGGUUAGGAUGUGGGAUUUGAGGACGGGGAGUAAGGUUGCUGAGGUUGCGGUUGGUGAGUUGUUUACUUGUUUGUUGGAUGAGUUGGUUUAGGGGAUGAAGGGGUUCUGAGUUGAAUCUGUUUUUGUUCUUAUGGACUUUGGUUUUUCAUCUUUUACUCGAGUAUAUCUACAAGCUUUUGAUGCGGGGUGGUGGGGUAUUUUCUUUUCGAGAAUUGCUGCUAACAAUUUAUAGAUCAGAAUGCUCCGAUUUUAUCACUGGCCUGUUCAUUUCCGUAUGCAAUUACAGCAGGGACUGAGUUGACGAAUCACCAGGCCACAGUGGCUAUGUGGUGAGUUUUCAAAUAACCCCAUUGCGGUUCUUGUACUUGAGUACUCGUAGUUGACGUAUUCAGGGACACAAGAAAUCUCGGACAAGCAACGAUACAGUAUAUCGAGAGUCAUAGUGACGAUGUCACGGAGGUAUGUGCUCCAAAAGAAAUUCAAGAAUUUUAUACUCAUUAUUUUCAGCUCGGGUUCCACCCAAGUCGACCGCAAAUUUUAUUGUCUGGUUCAACCGACGGGCUUGUGAACAUUUACAACACCACUAUCGCCGAUGAGGAAGAAGCUCUACAUCAAACCAUCAACCAUGGCCAUUCCGUACAUCACGCUGGAUUCAUCACUGAUACAGACAUCUUCGCACUCUCGCAUGAUGAACGGUUCUCAAUGUAUGAAUUGGUAACAAAUCCCGAAGAGGGCAUGGAAGAGCCAUCACCAGUCAAUUUCGGAGAUAUGAGGGAACUACUGAGUGGCGAAUAUGUCGCCAAUGUGCUAAGAAGACCGGAUGGAGGAGCUGUAAUUGGAAUCGGAACACACAGGUAAGUUCGUCAAAUUCAAAAGACAGUACGAUGAAAUGAUUGAUGGUUUUGCAGUCGUCAGAGCUUUGAUCUCGUUCAGUUGAAGAAGGAUCCUACAUGGAAAUUUGUACCGGAAUCGAAGGUUACUUUAUCACGAGCUCAUGGCUCUGAGAUUGUGAGGUCCUUUUGCUUUCUGGAUUCCGUAAGUUGAAUUUAGCAAUGCGAAAACGAUGAAGCGCUAAAAAAUAUACUAGCAUAAAACUGUUCUGACUGCUGGUGAAGAUGGCCAGGUCAAGGCUUGGAGGGGUGCAUAAAUAGGUCGUGUGCCAAUUGACCAAAUAAUUAUCAAAAGCAAAAAAAGCAAAAAGAAAACGCA